AUGGCAGGGAAGCCGGUCAGGAAGCACGGGGUGACCACGCGGCAGCUGGUGGACGAGGUCCCGGAGGGAUGCAGCCUGCCGGACUUCGAGCAGAAGCCGGUCACCAUGGCGCUGGCAGAGGGGAGAACCGCCGUCCUGCGGGCCGUGGUCUGCGGGGAGCCCUCGCCCCAGGUGCGCUGGCAGAGCAGCAAGGGGGACCUCAGCAACUCCAGCAAGUACCAGCUGCUCUCGGCCCCGGGCAGCAGGGAGCACGCGCUGCAGAUCAGCAAGCUGACGGGCGAGGACACGGACAAGUACUGCUGCAUCGCGGAGAACCCGUACGGAGAGGCCGUGUGCUCCGCACGGCUCACCGUCAUCGAAGUCGGCUUUAGGAAGAAACGGAAGAGGGCCACGGAACCCCAGGAGGACCUCAGUAAGGAGCUGAUGGACCUGCGGAGGAUGCUGAGGAAGAGCGCCCCGCCUCCCAAGAAAAAGAUGGACCCUGAGCAGGUGUGGCAGCUGCUGAUGUCGGCGGACCGGAAGGACUAUGAGAGGCUGUGCAUCCAGUAUGGCAUCGCCGACUUCCGCGGCAUGCUGCGCAAGCUGGAGAAGAUGCGCAGGGAGCGCGCGGACAGGAUGGCGCAGUACGUCCACACGGUCUCCAACACGAAGCACAUGAAGGUCACCAAGGAGGGGGUGGCGUUCUUCGAACUGGACCUGGACCUCAAGGAUCCCGAGAGCAACGUCUACCUGUACAAGGACGGUGAGAUGAUCCCCUACAGCUCCGAGAGCCACGGCAAGCGCAGCGCACGGCGGCUGGGCAAGCACUACCACUUCCAGAUCCAGGACCUGUGGCCCGAGGACGCCGGCCUCUACCAGGUCAAGGUGGAGGACGCCGAGGUCUUCUCCACGGAGCUGGAGGCCAGCGCCAUCCCACCCCGCGUGGUGGUCCCGCUGUCCGAGGCCCGCUGCGAGGAGCGGGGCGACGCGGUCUUCGAGUGCGUGCUGUCCAGCCCCUGCCCCCUCGCCGCCUGGCACUUCAAGCACCAGCCGCUGCAGCCCGGCGGCAAGUACGAGGCGUCCGUGUCCCCCGACGGGCUGACCCACCGGCUGGCGGUGCGGGGCGCCCGGCUCUCGGACAUGGGCCCCUACUCCCUGGACACGGGACUCCACGUCUCCAGCGCCUGGCUGGUGGUUGAACCUGGGCAGGACCAAGGCCUUCCGACCACCGGUGCUGACCUCCAGGUUCAGGGGCAAGGAGCCCCGGCCCCAGACGCCCAAGACUCCAGGGGGGCCAGCGGCGAGCGGGGGGCUCCCAGAGAGCAGGGGGGCGCCCCCGGGGGGGCCGGGCUGGAUCCCGGCCGCCAGCUCCCAGCCGGCCUGGACGGAGGUGGCCUUGGUGGGCACAGCUACUCCUCGAUGGGGGGCGAGGGGGCAGCCGGGGCCGCCUGGGGCCCCGGGCAGGCGGGGAAGGGCUUUCCGGAAGCGGACAGAUUCGGGGCCACUGUCUCCGGGGACAGCCAGCGCCACAGAGAGGGGGGCGGCGGGGACACGAGCCUCCCGGGGGGGCCCCAGUCGCAGGGAGAAGGCGCGGGAGGACGGAGAGGAGGAAGGGGGGCCCGGGGGGCCGAGGACGACCAGGCCCCGAAGGAGGAGGACGGGGCCCCGCGUGGGAGCCGGUCCCGCACGCGGUCGGGGGCCACGGUCGGAGGCGCGGAGAGGCGGGCGCUGGAGGAGGCCGGAGGCAGGGGGCCGCGGCCCGGAGCGGAGGACGACGCGGGGAGCGGCGGGGAGGCGCCGCGCCAGGACGGGAGCCCCGCGGGCGGCAGGGGAGCCGGCACGGAGGGCCGGCCGGGCGCGGGGGGCCGAGGGCAGGACGCCCCCCGAAGCCCCCGAGGCAGACACAAGCUCGGCACCGGCUGCUUCUGCGAAGAGGCCCGAGCCCCUCAGGGACACUUCUCCCGGGGCCUGGCUGACACGGAAGCUCGGCUGGGGGAGGCCGCCACCCUCUCCUGUACCCUCAGCCGGGACCUGGGGCCGGGUGCCUGGUUUAAGGAUGGAGUUCAGCUCAGCGCCCAGGACGGACUCGUCUUGGAGCAGGAGGGCCUGGUGCGCAGGCUGCUCAUUGCCCACGCGCAGGGCGCCCACGCCGGGAGGUACAGCUUCGUGGCCGGCGACCAGAAGAGCGAGGCCACCCUGACGGUCCGAGACCCCCCGGUCAUCGCCGCGGACGUGAUGGCGAGACUGAAGGAGCCGCUGGUGGUCAAGGCGGGGAAGCCGCUGAGCGUGAAGGUCGCCUUCGAGAGCCGCCUCCCGGUGCAGGCGGCCUGGACGAAGGACGGGGCCGCGGUGGACGGCACGGGGGGCCGAGGGGCGCAGGUGGCCCUGGGCGACGGCUUCGCCCGGCUGUGCCUCCCCAGCGCCAGCAGGAGGGACGGCGGCCAGUACAGCGUGACGCUGCGCAGCCAGGGCGGCUCCGUGUGCGCCGGGCUCACCCUGCACGUCAUAGACAAGCCCCAGCCGCCCCAGGGCCCCCUGGAGGUGCAGGACUGCCGGGGGGCUGGCGUCUGCCUCCGCUGGGGGCCCCCCCGGGACGACGGGGGCCGCGCCGUGGAGCGCUACGUGGUGGAGCGGCGGCAGGCCGGCCGCAGCACGUGGCUGAAGGUGGGCGAGCCCCCCGCCGACGCCACCAGCUUCACGGACGCCCAGGUGGAGCAGGGCAGGAAGUACGCCUUCCGCGUGCGGGCCGUGACCUCGGAGGGGCCCGGCGAGGCCCUGGAGUCAGAGGAGGUGCUGGUGGCUCCCGAGGCGCGCCCUGGGCCCCCCUCGGCCCCGGCCAUCCUGUCCGCCUCCAGCCAGAGCAUCACCCUGAGCUGGACGGCGCCCCGAGGCCCCGGCAGCGCCCACAUCCUGGGCUACCUGGUCGACAAGCGCAAGAAAGGAAGCAACACGUGGGCGGCCGUGACCGAGCAGCCGGUGCCUGAGCGGAGGUGCACCGUGACGGACCUGCGGCACGACUGCCAGUACGAGUUCCGGGUCACGGCCGUGGCGCCCUCCGGCCCCGGGCAGCCUGGGCCCCCCUCGGACCCCGUCUUCGCUCGGGACCCCAUGAGACCCCCCGGGCCCGUGAGGGACCUGCAGGUCACAGACACGUCGCACACCAGCAUCAGCCUGCGCUGGGCCGCGCCGGACGCCCAGGACGCGGACGAGGCGCAGGGCUACGUGGUGGAGCUGUGCCCCUCGGACAGCCUGGAGUGGGCCCCGUGCCACGCGGGCACCGUGGCUGGCACCGCCCACACGGCCAAGGGGCUGCGGCCCCGGGCGGCCUACUUCGUGCGGGUCGUCGCCGUGAACGAGGGGGGCCGCGGCGAGCCCGCCGUCCUGGACGUGGUGGUGCACGCCAUGCCCGCCCAAGUCUCUCCCAGGUUCCUGGUGGACGCCAGCACCAAGGACGUCCUGGUGGUCCGCGUGGGGGACACCAUCCGCGUGCCCGUCCGCUUCGAGGCGGCCCCGCUGCCCGAGGUGACGUGGCUGAAGGACGGCCUGCCCCUGUCCAAGAGGAGCGUGACCUCCACCGAGGACGGCCUCACCCGGCUCCUGGUGCCCGCGGCCGGCCUCUCGGACAGCGGCCUCUACCGCGUGGUGCUGAGGGGCCCGCAGGGGCAGGAGGCCACCCACACCUUCACGCUCAGGGUGGCAGCGAGGCCGCAGGCCCCGGGGCCCAUCCACCUGCAGGAGAACGUGCCGGGGACGGUGACGGCAGCGUGGGAGCCCUCGCCGGACGAGGCCCGGGGCGUGCCGCUGCACUACACCGUGCUGAUGCGCUCGGCGGCGCACGGGCCCUGGCGCGAGGUGGCCGACCGCGUGCACACCACCCGCUUCACCUUCCUGGGCGUCGUCCCCGGCCACGAGUACCACUUCCGCGUGGUGGCCAAGACCGAGCUGGGCGCCAGUGAGCCCUCGGACUCCACCCAGCCCUGGUGCCUCCCGCGGCGGCGAGACAAGGUCCCGGCGAAGGCGCCGCGCCACCGGGAGCCGGACCGCGGCCAGAAGCCCUGGUUCCUGGUGGGCCUGCGCUCGCACCUGCUGCCCGCGGGCUGCGAGUGCUGCAUGAGCUGCGCCGUGCGGGGCUGCCCGCCGCCCCGCGUCACCUGGUUCCGGAACGGCGAGAGCCUGGAGGGCCGCCGCGGGGCGUACAGCACCGACACGCUGGGCGUCUGCUCCCUGGUCAUCCCCGGCGUCGGCCCCGAGGACAGCGGCCUGUACAAGGCGGUGGCCGAGAACGCGCUGGGCCAGGCCAUCAGCACGGCCACCCUCCUCGUCACAGAUCCCAGCUCCUAG